AUGGCAUUGCGCGCGGCCUCCAGGCUCCGCGCGCUGCAUUCCGCCGUGCUGCGCGCCCCGCCUUCCGCCGCCGCCUCACCCCCUCUCGCUCUGUUUCCACCGCCUGGCGCUUCAGCACCCGCCCUAGAGGUUCGGGGCUUUGGGUUGUGCGGGGCUAUUUCGCGCGCGGGGCAAGGGCGGAAGGGCAGCCGUGCGGGGGGCGCCUUUGCGGUCGGCGCGGGUCAAAAACUCGUUGCGCGGGCGACCAGCAGUGGCAACAGAGGCGACAAGAGCGGCAGUAGGAGAAACAGCAGAAGUGGUGGCAGCAGCCGGGGGAAGCGCGGUAACUCGGGGUACGGACGCAGUGGCGGACGGGCGCCGGGAGGCAGCGGAGGGAGGCAAGGGGGGGGGUGGGCGGAACCUGACCGCGGCGACGGGGAGGACGGGGGCUUAUCGCGCGACGGGAGAGGUGCUUCGGCGGAAAAGGCGGAGCUCGCGCGAGGGCCGUCGCUCUCCCGAGGAGUGUGCCCCCCGCGGGUGGAGCGAGGCUGGGCGCGGGAGCGCGCGGAAGCAGCGGCGCGAGAGGCCGAGGGAGGCCGGAGCGGUGAGGGUUCCGGGGAACGAGAGGAUAGCGGGGAGCAGCGGCGCGGGGCUGCGCGCGACGGGCGGCGGCAGAGUGGCGCACGGACGCAGGGUGGUCGGACGGAAGGGGGGGCGCGGGGGAGGAGCGGCGGAGGCGAGGGGGAGUUCCACCACUGGUGGGGCCGCAAGGGCAAGGACGCGUGGCAGCGCGGGGUGGGGGAGGGCGCGAUAGAGAAGAUGCAGGAGGCGUGGGAGAAGGGGACGUGGGGCGGGGAGAAGCUGGGCACGUGGGCGCGCAAGAAGCUGAAGCAGGGGUAUGGGUGGCGCGCCAAGGCCGCUGUGAAGGAGUGGGAGCUGAUGGAGGCGCGGUGGAUGCAGGAGGACAGGGCGCGGCUGCUGGCGGAGUUCAACGUGGUGUGGGACGAGGGGCGCGCGGGGCAGCGCGGGGGAGAGCGGGGCCUGGUGGGAGGAGAGGUGGAUGGAGUGUGGGGCGGGGUAGUAGGGGAGGGGAGUGAUGGGAAUGAUGGGGCAGAUGUGGCAGGAGGGGAGUUGGAGGGUGGGGGAGAGGGUGCGCGGGGGGAGAGGGAGAGGAAGGGGGGGAGGCGGAGGAAUGAGGAGUUUCUUCGGUUGAUGGAGGGUGCUGGUGGGGAGAGCAUGGGAGAUGAGCGCACGGACGGGGGUGAUGUGGGUGGCGACAGUAGCGAUGGUGCUCGUAGUAGCAGUGACAGCUACAGCACUGGUCGUGAGGUAUCGAGUGAGAGCACUGCAGGCACUGGCGGGAGCAGCCGCAGAAGGGAGCGGGUAUACCGAGCCGUGGAGAUCGACAGGGCGGCAUUCGUUCGGCAGUUUGUGGUGCCGGGGCUGAGAGUGCCGCCCGCCUCGUGUGGGCCGCUGGUGAAGCAGCUGGCGGCAGCGGGGUGCCUGCUGGACUGGCCUCGCCUCAAGAACGUGGCUCGCGUGGCAGGCGAUGGCGGGCAUGGGCAGGGUGGGGGGGAUGGAGGGGAUGGGGUAGAGGAGAAGGGAAAAGGAGGGGAGAACAGGAGGGGGGGCGGGAGGAGGGAAGAGGAGGGUAUGGCACGGGUGGAGGUGCUGGGUGCAGUGCCCUUGCCUGAUGGCCUUCCCUGGCACGCCCACCCACCACUCUCCCUCCCUGCUCUGCAUGCCACGACCCAUGGCAGCAGCAGCAGCCCUGGCAGGCCAGCCAGUCGCAUCCUGCUGCUCCGAGAGGACCUUCUGCACUCACCCACUCACAUGCUGCCACCUGUCCUUCAGACCAUCCUUGGCAUGCCAUCAGCCCCUGCGGGGGCGCACAGCGUGGACCAUACUCCACGCGCCAUGCCUGCUCAGGAUGAGCAUCAACCAUGUCAUCACGAUACCAGCCAGCGACACGAGGGAGAACACACGGACGGAGGAAGCAGCGGGGAAGGCGGCAGGGAUGGCGUGGUGGGGGCGGAGCUGGUGGCGUGUGCAGUGACGGUGGGGUAUGAGUACUGGACGGCAGAGGACAUUCUCAGACACGUGCUGCCCGCACACGUGCCGGUGCCCACGUCGUUUGAGAGUGUGGGGCACAUCGCGCACCUGAACCUGCUCGAUGUGCACCUGCCGUACAAGCACCUCAUUGCGCAGGUGCUGCUGGACAAGCACAAGCCGCGCAUCCUGUCGGUGGUGAACAAGACAGCGGCCAUCCACGCGGUGUACCGCACCAUGAAGCUGGAGCUGCUGGCGGGCAGCUUCCGCCUCGUCACCACCGCCAGGGAGAGCGGCCUCGCCUUCAAAGUCGACUUCGCCCGCGUGUAUUGGAACUCGCGUCUGGCCACGGAGCGAGCUCGCCUCGUGGCAACCUUCACCUCAGCCGAUGUUGUCUGCGACGUGUUUGCGGGGGUGGGGCCGAUCGCGGUGGCGGCAGCCAAGCGAGUGAAGCGCGUGUACGGCAACGACCUCAACCCCUCCGCGCUCACCUUCCUCGCGCAAAACAUCAUUGCCAACCGCGUGGACGGCAAAGUCGAGAUAUUCAAUCUGGACGGCCGUGAUUUCAUCCGGCACCUGCUCUCUCUGCCGCGCCCGGUGCACAUGACACGGAUCGUCAUGAACCUGCCUGCAGACGCCAUCGAGUUCCUCGAUGUUCUCAAGGGUGCAUUUCCUCUGGGCAAGUGGGGCACCAGGACCCCACCGCCCAUCAUCCACGUCUAUGCAUUUUCAAAGGCCGAUAACCCUGAGCUAGAGCUAUCCCAGGUACUCUCACACUCCCCCCCCCCCUCAUCCUCGCAACCCAUCCUUGCCUUUUCGUCCGCUGUGUCACCGCUCGUCUAG